GUUGGGGGGGAGGCGGGGCCCCUGGCAGCCGCCUUCUCCUGGUUGGUUGGCCGGGCUGCUCGGCUCCUGUCAGAACGUCUCGGGUGUCCCAUACUUAGCCGUUGAAAAUUGGAGCGGGGUAGGAGGGAGAGGCGGGUCUCACCAGAGCUGGGCGUGGCACCCAUGCCUGUCACUCACAGGGAACGGGAGGAGAAGGCGAAACUUGUCCUUUUCGCGCGGCAUGUAGGUCGACGGGAUGCGGCCUGCUGAGAGCUCCGCGCCUGCGCGAGGCCACCUCCCUUCUGCUGCGUGCUCCUCACCCGGCCGCCUUCGGGGGCUGUGCGCUGUGGCUCCCCGGCCAGCUCCUCUCUCCCGCGCGCUGCCUGACUGAGGCGACUCGGGAUGGGAGCUUCUGGCUGAGCCCGCCCAGCCUUGGGAGGCGGAGAGGAAACAAAGGAGGAGGAGAAGAGGAGGAGGAGGAUGCCGCGGCUGCCCGGAGCCUCCUUGAGGCGGCGCAGGGAGCUGCUCUGACGGGCUCGCCCGCCGCUGCUGCUGCUCUUCUACUACCCCGACGCCGCAGGAGCUGCAGCUGCAGGAGGAGAGCAGGGAGCGGCGUCCGCCCAGGAGAGCCGGCCCGGGGAGGAGAGGCUCCAUGAGCCACAGCAGCGCCUUCCCCUCCCCAGGGCAGCGCCGCCCUCUGCUUCUUUCGCAGCCCCGGUAGCGCGGACGGCCCCGCCGAGGGGCGGACAUGCCGUCGUCGACGUGGCUGAGCGGCCGCCUGGCGCUGCUUCUGUGGGGCUCGGGCCGGCCGGGGGGCUCCUCCACCACCUGGGCGCCCCGCCUCAGCCCCCUCCUGCAGCGGCGGCACCCCCGGGCCCCUAGCAGCUGCAGCAGCUGCCUCCUUCGCCGCCGCUGCCUGAGCACCUUCCAGCGCGGCCCCAGCCCGGAGAAAAAAGGGCUCCCUCCUCCUCCCGCCGCCGCUCCCUCUGUGGGCUUCCCCAGGUCGCUGGGCACCCACCCCAAGAAGGAGCCCAUAGAGGCGCUCAACACGGCGCAGGGAGCCCGCGACUUCAUCUACAGCCUUCACUCCACCGAGCGGAGCUGCCUGCUGCGGGAGCUGCACCGCUUCGAGUCCAUCGCGAUCGCCCAAGCAUCUAGGUUUCCUAAACCACUGGUACCAUUUGAGAUGCCAAUGAAGCAGGUAGCACCACCAGAGCCAGCUGGUAUUUGGGAGAAGUUGGAGGUUGCACCACCAUCCACUGGACAGUUGAAACAUGUGUUCUUCCACAAUGCAAUACCUUUUGUAGGCUUUGGCUUUUUUGAUAAUGCAAUUAUGAUUGCUGCGGGCACACAAAUAGAAUUAUCAAUAGGAAUUGUCUUUGGAAUUUCUACUAUGGCAGCUGCUGCCUUGGGAAAUCUUGUCUCGGACUUAGCUGGACUGGGUCUUGCAGGUUAUGUUGAAGCCAUGGCCUCCCGGCUGGGUCUCUCCAUUCCUGAUCUAACACCCAAGCAAGCUGACAUGUGGCAAACACGUCUUAGUGCACACUUGGGUAAGGCUGUUGGAGUGACCAUUGGCUGCCUUUUAGGAAUGUUUCCAUUGUUCUUCUUUGGAGAUGAAGAAGAAAAAAAACUGGAAGAGAAAAAUUAACAUUUUUACAAGGCUUAUAAAAAUAUAAACUAAUUUACCUCAGUUAUACAAUCAUGCUGUCAAAGUAUUUAGGAUUUAGCAGACAGUAACAAUGUAUAGAAUGGGGAACAAAACAGCAUGCCAUUUUAUGGAAACACUAACUUAUUGUGGCUUUGUCUUAGUACAUCUUUUUAUAAGGGUUUUUCCUUUUUUAAAAAUGUAAAUUGUUGAUGUGUGUGUUCCACUUACACUGACAAUUGACACUUACAGUCUCCCUGCCCCUCAUUGCCUCUAUCCAGGACUUUUAUUUUAAUUGCCUGCCAUUGAUGUACUGUAUGGUUUGGGGGUUUGCUUAUUAACUUAGCAUAUGUAAACAACGCAUGACACAAGUUGCCCUUACUGCUCAUCAGACCUUCCAUUCCAGACUUGCAGUGAAGUUAGGUAACAGAUGGCUCUAGAACAUAUCACACCUUGGCUCUUUUGCUGUGGUGUUUGUCCUGAGCCAGCAGGUGUGCACUGUGUUUGAAACAAGGUAUGUUUGAACAAAGCAUAAUUUGAAAUGAUAUUUUGAUAUCUGCUGAACUGACUAAUUGCAGUGAAUGUAUGAAGCUGCUUAUAGAUUUGUCACAGUUUCAGGUGCUGCUUCAUCUCAGAAUUCCACAGUGGCUAUUCAGAAUUGUAUUGUUAAUGUUCUCAAAAUGGUAGCUGAGAUUGGGAGUCCUAAGUGUUAUAAUCUAAACCAGUAACUUAUUUGCAGGGCUAGGGCUUGGAAAUCAUUUUCUGUCCUGUGAUUUUGGUCAGCCAUGCAUAAAACCUUGCUUAUAUGGCACCUUGUCACAGUUUCCCCCUGGCUUUCCAGUUCUGAGCACCAUUGCCCAAUUUUAAUUUUUUAUUUUUUUUUGCAUCAGUAUUUUUGAAAAUAAGACUUAGUUUCAGUUAUAUAGUGUGUGCUGCCUUCUUUCCCUGCCCUACCAAAAAAGAAGCAAACCUAAUCUAUGAACUUCAUUCCUGGACUUGAGGCGUUCGAGAUACCCCCAAGAUGAUAAAGGUUGGAUAUCAGGAUAAAGGAUACUGAAUAAAAGGUACUAGUUGCUGUAGAGAGGCAAUAUUUGUUCAGGACCGUGUUUAUUGAUGGAUAAUGGCAGAAAGACAGCAUGUAGUGCAGUGUGAGAGUUAGUGGGGUUUAGACAAGAGUACAGAAGAAUUGAAGAUUUAAUAAAAUAAAAUCAAGUCUUAGAAUCAUGUAGCUCUUAAACUGCUGUCUUCAGUGUGGGAUAGAUUUCAGUUGGCCACUUCUUGAUGUAUCCUCUUCUGGGAACAACAUCUUGAUUUUAGUGUCAUCCUCUUUGAAUACCAACUGAGAGGAACGGUAGUCUGGAUGUGUGUCAGAUGUCUUGAGUAUCUAAACUUGACUCUCAGUCUGAUUUGAAUGGAUCGUGUCUGCAGAAUGUAACUUAUAGAAAUAAACUUGUUUACUUUUCAUUUAUUAGCAGAAUAUAGGGCUUUCUUUUCUUCUACUUCAUUAGUGGGUAAUAUUCAGUGUUGCUUCUGUAGAGAAUAUCACCCUUUAUGUAAUGAAUGAUGAACUACAGCACUGAAUAUUCAGAAUAUGUAACCAACAAAGCAUAAUUAGGAAUGAUAUUCUGACUGUAAGAAAAAGGUGGGUUCUUAUGCCAUACUUCAUGCUUUUUUUGUUGAUUAGCCUAUUGGCAGCCAUUACACUAUGAAGCUAUGGCUUGUUUGUAACUAUAAAGUUGUCAGCACCUCCUCUUUCACAUUUAUCAUGAACAUAGAUACCAAUCCUAUUCUCUUUUUUCUUCUGCCUCCAUUUAGGCUGCAGUUCUAAGUAAGCAUAUCUCAAAAGUGCAUCACAUUGAUUUCACUGAGACCUAUUUCUGAAUAAGCAUAAGGCUUAGGUGGUUGGUUCAGCACCACUGUUCGGUGGUUGGUUCAGGCAAUACUUCAGCUUGCCCCAGCACAUGAAAUAAGGAUGUGCGCAUGCUGGCCCUCCCCACCCCCAUGGGUCACUUUUCCAAAAAUGUGAGGGGGGGAGGGUUGCUGAACCACUCAUCUACACACAUCACAAUUGUUUAAUUAGAACACAUGCAGAAUGCAGAGGAGCAGUUUGGGCAAAUGACCCCUCCCCCAAAUGAUUAAGGAAAAAUGUCCUAGUUCAUGGAGUGUACACAUCCUUAUUGCAUGUGCUGGGCCCAGAGGGUGAAUUAUCAUUUAAAUGAGGCCCUGUAGAUGCUUCUCUCCUAACACCAGAAAAUGGCUUAAAUGUUAUCAGUUCUUAGGUUUACCAACUGAUGAGGGGUGGCACAGCUUCUCUUGUGCCUUUAACAGCUUGCCCUGUAGAAUUCAUCAGGUGAAGCUUUUUGUAACAUGGGGAUAGAAGUUAUCAGCUGCUAAUGUCUGCUACGAGCUCAUGAACAAGAGAAGUAAGGUUUUGCUCUUCUGAGAAUGAAUAGCAGUUGUGUGCUGUAUAUGUGUUGGGAGAACUGUGGUUUAACAGUUAAAACAAGCCAGACUAUCUGGCCAGGAUUCAAUGUCCAGGCUUGUUUUAAUUCUUGUUAACAAGCUUCAGUCUUCCCAAUUUGUACAUAAUGCAGAACUGCAGUUUAUUCUUAAAGGAAAAGCAUAAGUUUGUGGUCACACAAAUGAGCCAAUUGCUGAACUGGGCUAGUACAUCACCUUUUCUCCUAAGGCCUCCAGUCCCAUAUCCAUUGAUAUGAUCACUAUUGAGACCCUGUGGAACCGGAACAAAAUCAGCUCUUUCUUUGAUUCUGCUUUCUCUUCUGCUUUCCACGCUGUCUGUUGCCAAGUCAUAUCACUACUUCCUUUUUUACAACAUUGUAAAACUAAUCCCCUUCCUCCAUCCUCUUUGUAAAAACUCUAGUUCAUGCCCUGGUAAUUUCUUAAGUUACUGCAGCCUUCUCUCUGGUCUUUGGCUGUCUCACCUUGGUCUCCAUGCCUCCAUCCAGAACUCUGCUGCCAGAAUCAUUCCUCUCUCUUUUCACUCUGACCACAUGACACACCUCUUUAAAUCCCUGCAUUGGCUUCCUAUCCACUCCUGGAUCACCAGCUUCUUAUCUUGCCUGUAAACCCCUUUGUGAUCAUACCCCCACUUAUCUCUAAGCUGUUAUAUCCUGAUACAUUCCUAACCUUGAUCACUGCUCCAGCACUCUUGGCCAUCUCCUGCCUCAAAUGACUGUGCCUAUUCUGCCCCUUAUGCCUAAAAAUGCCUCCCAUAGAAACACAGCAAGCUGCCUUGUACAGAGUCAGAUCAUGUGUCCAGGGGUGACAUGAUAGAGGUCUAUAAAAUCAUGCAUGGUUUGGAGAAUGUUGAUGGAGAGAAUCUUUGCUCCCUCUUGCAUAACACUAGAACCAGGGGUCAUCCCAUGAAACUGAUUGCCAAGAAAUUUAAGACUGACAUAAGGAAGUACUUUUUCACACAACACACAACCUGUCAAAUUCUCUGCCAUAAGAUGUGGUGACAGCCAUCAUCCCGGAUGGAUUUAAGAAGGGAUUAGAUAGAUUCAUGGAGGACAGGUCUAUCAAUGGCUACUAGUCUGAGGGCUUUAGGCCACCUCCAACCUAAGAGGCAAGAUGUCUCUAAAUACCAGUUGCAGGAGAGAGGGCAUGCCCUCAGCUCUUGACUGUGGGCUUCCCAGAGGCAUCUGCUGUGUGAAGCGGGAUACUGGACUAGAUGGGCCUUGGGCCUGAUCCAGCAGGGCUGUUCUUAUGUUUUUAUGUAGCUCAUUAUUGUCUACAGUGACUGGUGACAGCUCUCCAGGGUUACAGGCAGGAGUCUCUCCCAACCUUACCUGAAGAUACCGGGGAUUGAAGCUUGGGCUUUCUGUCUGCAGAGCAGAUGCUCUACCAUUGAGCUGCAGCCCCAUCCCCUCCCCUAACACCUCUGGUGCCAUUACCUGCUCUCUUUAAAUAUCUCUUCAAAACCCACCUCCCUAUAACUAGGCCCAAAUAUACACAACUGAAAUGUAAACAUGUUCUUGCCCUAUUUACUGUAUCUCAAUUUCCUACCUCCUCUAUUCAGUCUGUUAAAUUUGAGGUAAUCAGAACCCAUCCUCUUGUACUUUUUAAAGCAACCAUCACAUUGGUGCUCUGUUAAUAAUACUAAUAGAAGAAAUCGUAUAAAUGGAUUUCCACAAAGCAGUGUUUUUAAAUACACUUUUGAGUUAGGUUAAAAGAUUCAUAAAUGACUCUGAACUGCACUCGAGUUUUGAUUUGGGAUAGAAGAAUAUCUCAAAAGAACUUAAAUAGUGCAAAAUGAAUAUUCUCUAGCUUUUACCCUCCCAAUAGUUUCUCUUGGGAAACUAAAAGCUAGAACAUUCACUUUCUGAAGAGAAUGUUCAGUUUUAUGUUGAAAGGGUAAUAAGCUUUCUGUCCUAACCAUGAUUGGAACAAGUUAAUACCUGCCCACUUAUAAUUGACCCUCUAUUGGAAUAACUUCAUUGUAUGUGGAUAUGGCUUGGCUUUCAGUGUUAACCAGAUAUUUGGCAGCAGACCUGAGUAAUGAGGAUCUAGGUCACCCCUGAACAUCUGAAAAGUGAUGAAGGCACGAUCUUGAAAGGGAGCAAGGAUGGUUAACUUAUCUCUCAAUUGCUGUAGCUGUGGAAUAGCAGUGCAGGGGUUCAUUAAGCAAUGAAUAUAAAGCACUUUUCACUUCACUCUGGGAUUGAGCCUACCCACUUUGAAAAGAUUGGCAUGUUGGGUGGUGAGUUCUGAGUAAUAAUUCUGGCUGCAGCUCUUUAUCACAGUAAUCUUGUUGAAUUUUCUGGAAUACAAAUCUGCUUAUGGUUUUCCCCUAAACUGUCUUAACAAUGUAUGUGUGAUAUUUGCGUGGUAUUAAAAUAUUUGAGGCAGUAGUCAACAUCUUUAUUUGAUACGACAGAUGGACUGAAACACUAAUUUUAUCCCAUACUUUGUUGAAGGGAGAGCACUAGAACAAAAUACUUACAGAUUGUACAGGUUCUCUCUUUUUUCUUUUAAAAAAAUAAAAUAUCAAGUCCA